AUCGACAAAUCUGAAGUUUGCAACUUAUUCACUCGUGAUUGACAGCUGAUUAGUGUUACCAACAUUUAAUCGCAAUUUUUUCAUGGUUAUCGAACUCUGAAAUAUGCUUCGAUUCUCGCGAUUAAAAAGGGUGCAGUCAUCAGUCAUACGACCGCCGUCCCGACCGAAACCGACUAGGAGACUAGCGUGCAACGGGAAAAGUGUCGAAUGAGAGAUAUACACUGAGGUUACGACUGUCAGAUUGUCCACAUUGGAUAAACUGCGGAUCGAUUUGUACGGUCAUUGGAAAAAAAAAAAUCUGCGUUUCGUGUUGCUCGAGAAAAGACGGUCGUUCUAAUCGUACAAUGAACGUAAAAUUAUACUUUGUUUGAUAAAUGCCAUUAUUGUCAGCGCUGGUGAACGAUAAUGCGCGCAAUGUGAAACCCGUUCAGGAGCAGUCGUGUGCGAUUAUACAUAUAUUUGUAUUAUUACUACGUCGGUAUAUAGGCGAGCCAGUAGUGUUCAUUUUCCCAACUUGAGCGCUUUAAAAAAUAAAGUACACGUAAAAAUGACGUUUCUGUGAUCGUAAAACCUUGUGAUUUUUAUUUAUUCGGUAUUUAACAUGUGAAAUUGUGCGACAUGCUGACCGAUUUUUUUAGUUGUUAUUCGUGAAACAAGUGGAAUUACCCGAUAAAAGUUUUUUAUUCUUAUUUUACGAAUUAUUGUCAUGAUUGUGGGGGGAGGAUCAAAAAUCAUGUUUUUUAAUCAUUACUCCGAUUCAUCUUACGCUUAAAUCUGGUGUUUGUCAAGAAUCGCUAAUUUUUAGAAUCUUUUGAACGAGUUUCCAUGGAACUUUCGAUGUUGGAACAUAUAUUUCGUAAAAAAGAAAAAAUUGUAAUUAGCAUCUCAAAUAUUUAUUAUUUCGUAUAAAAAUCAGGAAACUAUGGAGAAGUUUGCUGUGGAUUUGGAUAGAGUCCUUGAUGAAUUUGAAUUCAACGAAGAUUGUGCGGAGCAAGUAGCAUUAAGCUUAGAUGCAGAUAAUCUGUGGACCCAGUCACAGACAAAGCCGAUAACAGAGAGUUCAUCAAAUUUUAUACAGUCGACAUCAACAUACGAAGAUGGAGGUUCGCAGUCGAGAACACUGGAAGCUCAAAGAUCCGGGGAUAAAAUAUCAAACAUAGACACAACUCGGCUAGAAGAAACUUUGGACAUAAGAAAAAUGGGUGGCAAACGUGAGAAUUCAGAUUCAGUGAAUGAUUUUUACAGUCAUGGAAAAGGGAGCGACGAUAAACUUCAGGAAAAGCGAUACGCGAGUUUCCGGGACAGUGAGCCUGUUUCCCUGACGAUUCGCAACGACAUAUCGCAAAAAUUGGUACAAAAACAACAGAAUGAAAGUGGCUCAGGGGCAAGUAAAAAUCAUAAUAGUUAUGACAAAAAAUUGAAUCAGCCAAACAUCAGGCCCAGCGUCAGCAAUGUUUUCAGCAGUUUGAACGAGUAUAUCAAUGCACCAAGUGGAAACUUAGAGCAGAGAGAUAACAGUAUCGUGUCGACGGAGGCUAGCUCUUUGAAAGUUGAAAGCAGAGUCAAGACGAACAUGAAAAAAGAUGACGCAACGAGCCAAGAGUCCAAAGGGGCUGGAGGUUCCUCCAGGGAUGGAAUUAGCGACAAAACCAUCGGUUCGAAAACAAGAGAUCUUCAAAGCUCCAAUAAGCUAAGCCGAAUCCCUCCGAAAUAUCAGAACAUACUGGUGCCUGUAAAGUUGGAUGCAAGUACCGGUUCGCACAGUAAACCCGAGGACGGUCAGACUUCAGCGAUGCAAUUUGAGGAUAUCUUGAGUUUGGAAAGAAUCAGCUGUGAUUCUCAGCAUCCCGAACAUGUGCUGAACAUCGACACUGACAUCGGGAUUGCUUGUGGAACGAAAAGAAAACAAACGAGUUUGGCUGCUGAGGUAAGAUUGCCUCCAGCGAGAACGGAUAUCAAAGACGAAGCGGAAGCUCAUGGAGUUCCAAGAGAAGACGUUCAUGUGUACGAAAACAUGAAGGUGCCAAUGGACAAGCGUGAAAUGAGCGAAGUCCACGCGAUCGCGAUUUCGAAUCCAGAGAGUGCAUUUAAACCAGCUGAAAGACAAGAUUCGAAAAGGCAUUAUGAGAAUAUGAUCGUGGAAGAAAAGACCAAGGACAAAGACGAGGCCGCUGGGUACGAGCGGAUUUGUGAAGCUAGAGAAUCGUUGAGUUCAUUGGAAACGAAGAGACCCAGUGUUCACCGAGGAACUGCGCCGGGAUUUCAAGGAAUCAUCAAGUCCACCGUAGUAACGAAAGAGGCACAGCCAAUUGGGUUCGGUACUACAAUAGACGAUCUUUCGGAAGAAGAAUUAAACAAAUAUCUGGCCGAGCUAGAGGCCGAGGAACGCGCGAACGAGGGUAAAGCGAUGUACGAGAAUGUAGAGCCCCCGGCCUACGAACCUCCCCGUGACGACGAUUUAUUGAGGAGAGUGAUAACAACCUCAAGGAAACUUCCGACCGAAGAUGAGGACGCGAACGAAGCACCGAUUUUUGAGACCGUAACCAUCGGCGUUCUACCUGCAUUGUCCGAGGAAAAACUUCAGGAAAAAGCGAAAAAGUUUCCGGUCAUCGAUUACAGCAAGCAACAGGCCUCGUCCAGCGACAGUGACCCGAGAUACAAUGAUUUUUUAGACAAAAAGGCUCAGGAAGAGUCGUCCGGGAAAAUCGAUUCCGAGGGCAGAGUCAUCGACGAAAAGGUUGGCGAAGAGACGAGCAAUAAAAGCGUUGACAGUCGAGAGAACAUCGAUUCUGAAAUGCUCGAGUGUCGAACGUGUGUGGUCACCCAGGAAUUUACCGAGUCCGAAUGGAGCGACGAUUUUUCGAUGAAUUGCGCUCCUGCAAGCACCGCGAAAGAUUCUUCCUCGGGAGUAACCGAAUCCGAAAUCAGCAAUGUUGACAAUGCUAAUCGUCAAUUCGAGAACAACGAAAUCGUCGAAGAAACGAUAGAAAACAUAAGCAACAUGAAAACUACUAUCGUCGACACUAAAUACUCCGAAAAUUCUGUAUCCACAGAAAACAAUGUGAACUCUUGCAUCGACGAAGAUUCCGUAAAUUCGAACGACGAUAAAAUCCUCUCCGAACUACCUUCAUCUUCGAAUAACACUCUAAACGAUGCUGAAGAAUCCACUAAAGAUGACGGAAGUGAUCACGAGGACAAACUUUCACGCCCCCAAACCCUCGACAUCGUUUCUACGGUCACCAUGCCUGAUAAUUCAACGACAGGCGAACAUGAAUCAUUGGAACCGGAGAGUGAAACGUCACAGCAACAGGCAGAUAACUCGCAGGAUUUUUCGGAAAGCAGUUCUUUCGAGUCUACUACGAUAUUGGGAAAACAGCCACCCUUUUGGAUUCCCGAUAACGCUGCUCUGAAUUGUAUGCUUUGUGAGGUCAAGUUUACCGUCAUUAAGCGUCGUCAUCAUUGUCGUGCUUGUGGCAAGGUUUUGUGCAACAAAUGCUGCAGCAUGAAGUAUAGACUUCAAUAUCAAGGCAACAUCGAUUCUCGUGUUUGCUCUCCGUGUUAUCAGCUGCUCAUAAAAGCGGAACAAGACCACGAAAGCGGUGAUUGUUCUACAAACUGUGGCAACAGUUCUCCCAGUAAUAUAAACUCUUCCCAGGGGAGACAGCCUAAUCCAAAUAAUCCGAUGGAGUACUGUUCAACAAUACCGCCUUUGCAACAGUUAGCCGGGGGCUUGCCACCACCUCCCACAGUCAUGGUUCCGGUUGGUGUUUUGAAACGCGAGGGCAGUUCCAAGCAACGAUCCGAGGGUCAGAAGUCCGUCAUGUUCAGCGAUGAACUCGACACCUCCUGGGACCUGAAGCCACCGUAUCGAAAGAUAGGAAAACGAACCUCUAACACUCCGCAAAUGCAGACGUCGGGGACUGGCAAACGACAGAAUAUUCCGCCCAUGGAUCCGAACACGAAUUCGUAUAUUCCCCAGGACCCUGAUCUCUUACCACCAACAGUAACAAUCCAUAAAGGCGAAAUUUCUUACCACGAGUGCGAUGGAUCUGCGGCUUUGUACAAAUCAUUAAAAAAUGAAUGCGAACCCCCCAUUAUGUUCGCUAUCAACCGAAAUCUUUAUGCUUAUGUGAAAAUUACGAACCUUAAUUGUUGCGUCAACAGGGUUUGUUGGAACGUUACAUCAAGAGGUUUGGCGUGUGUGGGUCAAGACGAAAUAAUUUUUUUGGUUGAAACGUUACCCGACGAAAUGCAAAUUCCAAAGGAUCUUCUUAUUCAUAUUAAUCAAAUUUAUGUAGAGGCCAUCAAAGGCAACACCAUAACGGAGUUGGGAGUUUCGAUACAUCAAGGAGUACACUUCCUGGGAUCUCGUGAGCACGCAGGUUUUUUAUUUAUUCGACAAAGUUUUCAAUGUUUGCAGAAAAUCAUCCUUCCUCCGGCGCCUUUUCUCGUCGGACUUCUCGUCCACAGAUGGGAAACUCCAUGGGCAAAAGUAUUCCCGCUUCGUCUGAUGUUACGCCUCGGUGCCGAAUACCGAUAUUAUCCGUGUCCGUUGGUGUCAGUGCGAUUCCGUGACGCGGUUUACUUUGAAAUAGGUCACACGAUAAUGAAAGUUUUGGCUGAUUUCCGUAAUUUCGCGUACACGCUGCCGGGCGUACGAGGACUAACGAUUCACAUGCAAGAUCGAACGACCGAUGUUCUCUUCCCGAAAAAUCGUUAUGACCAAGUGAUCAAAGGGCUCAACAAUUCCAACGACCAUGUUCUUGCAUUUGCAUCGAAUUUCAGCAGCCAAGCGGAUUCCCAUCUUGUGUGCAUACAAACUAACACUGGCGACGAGAGCAGUUAUCAAACUCAGGCUAUAAAUAUUCAUAAUAAACCACGAAAAGUUACGGGCGCGAGUUUUGUCGUGAUAAACGGAGCAUUGAAAUCGUCCAUGGGACUAUCGGCGAAAUCGAGUAUCGUCGAGGAUGGUUUAAUGGUCCAAAUAAUGCCUGAGAAAAUGGAGGCGUUGAAAGCAGCGCUAAAAAAUAUGCAGGACUUUUCGAUCGGUUGUGGUCUUCAGGGAGCCCAAGAACCCGAUGAAACCGUCAACAUCAAAUGGGUCGACAACGAUGUACAUUUCAAUUUAGGGGUCAAAAGUCCCAUCGAUGGCAUCCCAAUGGACGGCAUUCCUUCGAUAAGAGUCCACAAUGGCACGGAUUAUAUGGGUACAAGCAGAUUUAUUCGAUGGACUGAAGUAUUCAUCAUUAAGUCGGACGAUCAUCCCGCUGGCGUACACGAUCCAGUGGACAUCAACAAAUUAUCAGAAAGUAUUGCGAGAGCGACGUGCGCUGCGUUUGUCAAGUUACUCGAUCUCCUGGCAACUGCAGGCUUAACUAAAAUCGGCGUCAGAACAACCAUACAUCCGGAUAAUGUUGGUUACGAGGCAGGAAGCGAAGGGAAUCGAUUGCCACCGAUUUACAUGAACAGUUUGGACAAUGAGUUGAUCCAAGUUCUUCACAAAGCCGCUCAGAUGAGUCAAGAUACGAACACUGUUCUGGAAUUGAUUUUCCAUGUAUUGGAUGACUAAAGUAAUGGGUAUUGAAAGUAACGAGAAGAAGCCGGUGACUGAUGAUCGAACAGGAAUGUAAAAGCAAAUUGGGCACACUGCGUCCAAAGUUUCGAGAGGAAGUUUCAAGUUGAGGAAAAAAGUGUGCGGAAUCGGGAACGGAAAGUUUCGGAAUAUGCAGGCUCGACCAAGGAAUUCGUGAAAUCAGCCUUUUGAAUUGAAAGUUCAAAAACGAAAUCAACGAAUCGAUAAUGGAGAGAAGACUGGAGACGAAAAUGAGAAGUAAUGCGAACGGGAUAAUGUGUAAUAUCGCGAGACACGAAAAUCAACGAAUAUUCGUCGCUCGUGUUUCCAAAUAAUAACUACCAUUGUAAUAUAAAAGAAGAAAAUAUCAAACGCGCUCCUCGUCACGAAGGCGAAAGGAGUCGCGGGCUAAAAGAAAUGAUGCAGAGCAAAAAUAAGUGCGAAAUUCAGUUCAUUGCUCGUAAUUAUAAUUGUUAUUGUUAUUAAAUAUUGCACUAAAGAAUCUCAAUUACCAUGGAUAUCUAACGAUUAUUUAACCGAUUUUAUUUUUCAAUAUAUGGUCUUUAUACGUU